GCGGCCGGCGCUGGGCGUGGGGCGCGGAGGCGGCUUGUCCCGUGACGCGCCGGGACAUUUCUGUCCCGUGAAGAAUCGGCGCCCGGCGCGGGGGUGUUCCCGGCGCGCGGCCCGGGCGGAGCGUGGGCUCCCGGGGGUGUGGAACUGAGGCGAGCGCGGCCCCAUGAAGAGUUAGGAGUUUCUCCCGAGAACUAUACGAGUCAAUGGGUCCAGUAGUUGGAAUGACUCCAGAUAAGAGAGCGGAGACCCCUGGAGCCGAGAAGGUUGUAGGACUGAGUCAAAUUUACAAAAUGGGAAGCUUGCCUGAAGCAGGGGGCGCUGCUAGGCCAAAGGCCACGCUGGUGGGCACUGACGCAGCGGACGAUGAGCUAACAAACUUGAACUGGCUUCAUGAGAGCAGUAAUCUGCUCACAAACCUCAGGCUUGGAAGUGCAGGUCUUCCAAUGGUCAGCCCACUGUAUGACAUAGAGGGAGAUGACAUGCCGACCUUUGAACCAUUGUGCUACCAGAACCCAGAAAAGCAGUCAGAAACGUCAAAGCCCCCGUACUCCUUUAGUCUUCUCAUUUAUAUGGCAAUUGAACACUCUCCAAAUAAGUGCUUGCCUGUCAAAGAAAUUUAUAGCUGGAUUCUGGAUCGAUUCCCGUACUUUGCCACCGCACCUACAGGCUGGAAGAAUUCUGUUCGGCAUAAUCUAUCCCUGAAUAAAUGUUUUCAGAAAGUGGAAAGAAGCCACGGCAAGGUUAAUGGAAAAGGUUCCUUAUGGUGCGUUGAUCCAGAGUAUAAGCCCAGCCUGGUGCAGGCCUUGAAGAAGCAGCCCUUUUCCUCUGCACAAACUGGUUCUCUCUCGCCUCACUACUUAAGCUCUGUUCUCAAGCAAAGUCAAGUGCAAACUCUUAAAGAAUCUGAUAUUGAUGCUGCCACCGCAAUGAUACUUCUAAAUACGUCAAUAGAACAAGAGAUUUUAGAAUGUGAGAAGCCCUUGUCUCUGACGCCGUCGCUGCAGAAGAAGAGAAGUUACGGCAGUGCCUUCAAUGCCCCCAGUGCUGUGCAGCUCCAGGAGAGCCAUUCCCCAUCCUCCAGCAUCGAUCCCAAGGCAGAUCAUAAUUACAGCGCCAGCAGCUUGGCGGCCCAGCGCUGCGCAUCCAGGGCUAGCGUGUCUUCCCUGUCUUCUGUGGAUGAAGUGUAUGAAUUCAUCCCAAAGAGCAGCCAUGCAGGCAGUGACGGCAGUGAGGGCUUCCACAGUGAGGAGGACACAGAGGACGAGGACGACCCUCUUGGCGACAGUGGCUAUGCACCACAAGCUCACAAGGACAGCACUUGCAAAGGACAGCCAGGCAAAAAAAUUCGAAAACAGUCAUGUCAAGAAAUUGAUGAGGAGCUCAAAGAAGCUGCUGGUUCGCUACUCCACCUCGCUGGGAUCCGUACCUGCCUUGGUUCUCUGAUAAGUACUGCAAAGGCACAGAGUCAAAAACACCGAAAAAAGUAGAAAUCCAUAUUAGUGUAAAGUUAUUUAAAGUGUGGCAAUACUCUCUACUUAGCUCUUUACCUGGGAUGUCAGAGCCAUAACAGACCUCUGUAGCUUGAGGGUAGGGAAGGAUGCCACUUGGUUCUUUCUAAAUAUUUUUUUGUUGCUUUCUUGUUUUUUGAGGGUUUUUUGUUGUUGUUUAAUUAAACAGUUACUUUUAGGAUCAUGCCUAAUUGUAAAUCUGACAUAAAGCCCCACACACAACAUAAUUUCUGUGAAUAAGUAUCUCCCAGAUUUGGAAAUUUUUGU